AUGUGUCGCGCAACCACCACGUACUGCUGCAUUUGCGGAUGCCCUUUCAGCUCCCUGGACGUGGAUCCAGAUGUGAGAGGGUCGCCAUAUUCGUAUGAUUCUUCAGUACUUGCAUCCGAAGAUACAGAUUGGUUGCGCCAAUGCAACGCCGUCGACCAGGACACUUUCUUCGUCGAAGAUGAUGAGGGUCCGAGAAGAGUAGAAGGCAUUGAUUCGCUCUUGCAAGCCUUUGAGCAGAUUGAGAGCUCAAGACAAAGCACCAUCAACAAAUUCCUGAGAGGGAGCGAGCUCGAUGGACCCGUAUACGCCAUGCACAGCGCCUGCAUGGACAUCGCCGAACGCGCGCGCCGCUACAGAUUCUUCCGCGGCGCCCACCCGGAACCUUCUACGAACGCCGUCCUGCAGAACUUCUACGGCUCUCUCAAGCGGUUACAUUACCGCAUCGCCAGCCAGUCGCACAGCGUGAGGUGGGAGCACGGCUACUACGGCGCCGCGCGGUUCUGGCGCAACUUUUGGGGGCAGGAGCGUGGAUGGGAGUGGCUCUGCGCCGACCCCGCCAACAUCCCCGAGCUGACAGAAUGGGUCCUGACGCAACUGCGCCCGGUAUCGGAUGACGCAUCAUCAUCAUCAGCAUCGCCGCCGCUGAAAUACCACGUAGACGACGACGCCAGAGAGUACCCGCGGCCGGCGCUGGACGGCAUGCCCAUCGACGUGCUGCGCCGCAUCACGUCCUUCCUGCCCGCGCCGGCGACGCUGCGCCUGCGCCGGUGCAGCAAAGCUCUCGCCAACCGCAUCGAGCUGCGCCAGUCCUUCUGGCGCGACGGCCUCGUCGCCGGCGACCUCGUCAGCUUCCUCUGGGACCUCGACGCCGAGAAGUGCCGGCAGAAAGACAGAUCCGCUGCGGCGGAGGGCGUGGUGCAGUACGACUGGCGGGCCCUCGCGCGCGGCUUGCGCGCCCACAAGUUCGUCCAGGCGGCGCUGCGGAAGAGCCUGGCGAGGAGGCCGGUCGAAGGGUACGGCAUCGGGUACCUGGAUUUUUACCGCUCCGUGGCGGCGCAGGAUGGCGAGUUCGAGACGGAUGCGCCGGUGGGGCUGCUGAAUCGGUGUCGCAUCGUGCAGGUGGUGGAGGAUGUGGAGCAUAUCGAGGAUGACGAGCUGCAUGAUUGCCACGUGCCGCUGAGCGAUGAGGAGGAGAUCUACGCGGCCAUGUGGAUCAUGCAGGUUUCGCAGCCGGAGAAGUUUGACGAGUAUCGCAUCAGGAGGUCGUUGGAGCUGUACGGCGAUUUGAGCGAAGUGCUGGAGAGCAGGCCGCCGAGGAUGAUGUGUAGACUUUGA